AUGGUUGGAAGGUACCUCAAGAAUACAACGCACAGCGGCCUACUAUGGCUAUACACGUCGUCGUUCGUGGUCAUCAUGAUAAUCAUUCUCUCAAUGAGCUCGGUGUUGCCCAUCGACGUGAUCGUACAGAGCAAGACGAACAACUCACACCUUGCGACCAACACUGUUAUCAUUCUUGUCAUUUGUGUUGUGUUUCUCUUCAUCUCAGCAAUUCUCCACAUGUUCCGGUUGUUCUACGACAAUAUGCUACUGCAGGAGAUACCGAAACCGUAUGUGCCGAUCACGCCCAACGACGUUGGGAAGAGUACCAGCCGGACCAUUGAAAGGGAAAUCGUACGAUGCAAGGAGAUACUUGAACGGGCAAAGCCUAGGGGAGACAUAAGUCACCCCGGACUGUUCCACCAGUCUGAGUACAACCACGAUGUCGAGUUGCCGGACAAUUUGAUCUACGAGAACGUGGUCAAUGUGAUUGGACAGGAGCUCAAGUACAAUGGCACGCUGACAGUGGGCGAUGACAAAGUUCUUCGUCUGGACAACCACUACACCUUGCGUGAGCUGCUGCACGUGUACGAGGACGACGAAAUGGUGGGCAAGUUUCUCAACCUCUACGAGAAGUUAAGGUUCAGCGGCGAGCCCAUUACAUGCGAUGAGUUCAAGGACUUCCUACAAAAGUGGAGUUAUGUGAAAUCAAAAUUAUGA